UUGCGCGCGCAGUGACUCGGUCGGUUCGUCGGAGGUGAGAGUGAAAGAGAAGGGCGGCCAUGUUUGUGCCGGAAUUGGUGAGAGAGCGGAGCGGUGGAGGCAGCAUUAAUCUCAGCAGCUGGCCGGGCCGUGCGUGAGUCAGUGAGUGAGCUCCCGGCCAAGCGAAGGUUUGCUCCUGCCGACGUUACUGCGACUGGGAGGAGGAGUCGGCAGCUGGAUUUGAAGUGUUGUCAUGGCCCUGUGAGCCGGACCGGGGGAGAGCGUGACAGCGAGAGCGAGGACAGGCCGCCUCCUAGCAACCGGGACGGGGGUGGGGGGUGGGGGUAGAGCGUGCGCACCGCCGCCGCCGCUGUCUGCAAGCGCCCACUCACUCCCCUUACCCCCAGUGGCAAGGCCUGGGGCUAGCCCGGCCUUUGCCAUCCUCACGAACCAUGGCCUGGGUGCUGAAGAUGGACGAAGCCAUCGAGUCCGGGCUUGUGCACGAUUUCGACUCAAGUUUGUCUGGGAUCGGCCAGGAGCUUGUCUCUGGUGCUUAUAGCAUGAGCGAUGUCUUGGCACUACCCAUUUUUAAGCAAGAAGAUUCUAACCUUCCUCCAGAGAAUGAAACUAAGCACCCACCAUUCCAGUACGUGCUCUAUGCAGCCACAUCCCCUGCUGUUAAACUACAUGAUGAAACGCUCACCUACUUGAACCAAGGUCAAUCUUAUGAAGUCCGAAUGCUAGAUAACCGAAAAAUAGGAGAUUUACCAGAAAUAAGUGGAAAAAUGGUUAAGAGUAUUGUGCGUGUUGUGUUCCAUGAUCGUAGACUUCAAUAUACCGAGCAUCAGCAGCUGGAAGGUUGGAAGUGGAACAGGCCAGGUGAUAGACUCCUUGAUUUAGAUAUUCCAAUGUCUGUUGGAAUCAUUGACCCCAGGACUAAUCCAGCACAACUGAAUACUAUUGAAUUUCUAUGGGAUCCAGCAAAACGCACCUCAGCUUUUAUUCAGGUACAUUGCAUUAGCACAGAAUUUACUCCCAGAAAACAUGGGGGUGAGAAGGGGGUUCCGUUCAGGAUUCAGAUAGACACUUUCAAGCAAAAUGAAACCGGAGAGUAUACAGACCAUCUUCAUUCAGCCAGCUGCCAAAUCAAAGUUUUCAAGCCCAAAGGUGCAGACAGAAAACAGAAAACCGAUAGAGAAAAAAUGGAGAAACGAACAGCUCAAGAAAAAGAAAAGUAUCAGCCGUCAUAUGAAACAACAAUCUUAACUGAGAUGAGGCUUGAGCCUAUUAUUGAAGAUGCACUUGAACAUGAGCAGAAAAAGUCCACCAAGCGGACUUUGCCAGCAGACUGCGGUGAUUCUCUGGCAAAGCGAGGCAGUUGCUCUCCUUGGCCAGAUAAUGCAUAUGUAAACAGCAGUCCUUCUACCACUCCAGCAUUUACUUCUGGACAAGUCAGCACUUACAGUGUUCCAGACAGUAACUCUUCUUCACCAAAUCAUCAAGGAGAAGGGACAACACAGUUUGUAGUGGAGCAACUGUGUCCAACAGCUACAAUACAGGAGGCCCAGCAAUGGUUGCACAAGAAUAGAUUCUCGACCUAUGCGAGAUUAUUUUCAAACUUCUCAGGUUCUGAUUUACUAAAGUUGACACGAGAUGACCUUGUCCAGAUCUGUGGCUCAGCUGAUGGGAUUAGAUUGUUCAAUGCACUUAAAGCAAGGUCUGUUAGACCGAGGUUAACCAUCUAUGUUUGCCAAGAAUCACAGCAUGCAAGAAGUAUUUCGCAGCUGGCUAGCUUGCAAGAUAAUGAAAACGGAGAGGGAGACAGUCGUGCAAUAUAUGUGUACCAUGCUAUCUACCUGGAAGAACUGACAACAGCAGAACUUGCCAAAAAGAUUGCAACCAUCUUUAGUAUAUCCCAAAAUCAGAUAAACCAGGUGUACAGACAGGGCCCAACAGGUAUUCAUGUUCUCGUCAGUGAUCAGAUGGUUCACAACUUCCAAGAUGAAAGUUGCUUUGUCAUCAGCACAGUAAAAGCUGAAAAUACUGAAGGCUACCAUGUAAUUUUGAAGUAAACUGUCCCAUUUAGCAGUUAAGCUGGACUACAUUUUUGCAUAUAGAAGAUAUCUUUAUUAUGACAAAGGACAUUGAGCAAAUGUAAAUGUUAGAAUCUGACUUCACUGUACAAAAUGUUUCAUAUUGAAAACACAGCUUGACUGUUCAGUUACCUUACUGUGAGUUUGAAGCUUCUGGAAAUAUCACUGCCACCGAUCAGCACCCUCCCUGCACCUGUCGGAUGCAGCAAGCUUGAGGGUGGGCCUGAAAGUCCAGAAAUUAUGGUUCAAAGUGGUCUUCGUAAAUAUGGCAAGAGGAGGAAAAUGGCCAGUAGAUCCAGAUUUGCACAAUAAUCGUCUCAUUUUGAAGCAUUUAUGCUUCAAAUUACCUGUCUAGUUUCUUGAUUAUUGGUUUUGAGAUUGAUGUUGAGAUAUGCCAUGUUAUUUUUUAAAUGUUUGCCUUUUACUUUCUGUGCCGUAAUACAUUUUACUGCCUUUACAAGAUACCAGUCUCCCUAGAUAGAACUGUAUCUGCAAGAUCAUAUAGUGCAGUUGCUAAUCUACGUUCUAAGGAGAAAAAGACAAUAUAAAAAUGUUGUGAUUUCAAUUCCUGUCUCAAAUCAGGAUACUUGUUUAAUUUAAAGUUGCAGCUUGCACAUUCUUAAGCUAUAUUUUCCCUGCUUCCUUUAAGGUCACAUGGCUUUUUACAUAAAACUACUAGCCCCAUUGUGGAGGCUAAUCUUAUUUCUUUUUUUUGAACAUUUAGCGCAUUUUAUUGUUUGAGUUCAAUGUCAAACCUUUUACCUGUAGAUAAACAGCAGUUGUGAAUAAAGAAGCUUCAGUUUUGUUUAACCCACAAUUGCUUUUAGAUCAAAGAGGAAAGGUGCGUUCUGUAUUUAAAAAAAAAUUACAAUAAAUUUGUAAAUGUCCAUUAAUCAAAUCCUAUGCUUUUGAAACCAGUAUUUAAAAAUGUAGUUGCGUCCUAUAAUUCUCCAAGUCAUAAUUGUGCCUCUGUGACCAAAUCUCACUGCACUGAUAUGUUAAUAAAAUCAAGAUUGUUUGCUUACUUUUCAGAUGUUUUCAUGGGAUUGUAAUUAUCAAGAAUUUUUAGGUUGAGCACUAUGUAUGCAUUUCUCACCAAAGGGGGAAACAAUGUUGUUAGCAUAGCUGUCCACUUCAACUUGUCAGCUGUCAAAAUUACUUUAAAAUAUAUUGAGAAAAAUAGCAGAUUUUGGCUUGGAAUUUCAGACUAUAUUCUGGUGUAAAACAACCAUAGGAUUAUGUCCCAAGUGUUAAGUUUCACAAUUUGUCAUUAGAAUAAGCACCAGCAACUUUGUUACUCUUGGUUUAGAGAUCUUAAUUAUGGGCUGUGCAUAUAUAUUCACAUUGCCUCUGUAAUAAAGUUUUCAAAUCAUUUUUUUGCAAA